GGAAUAGGUGCCGUAUCAGGCUUCAAAUCACCUUAAAUCAACCAACUUGUUUUUGAGAACAGUCUGGAACUCUUGUUUAAGGAGGAAGAUGUCAGGAGGUGAUGUUUUCACGACUCCUGACUAUUACUACAGUACACCUGAUUAUAAUGAGGACUAUACUGAUGAAGCAUGCAUUAAGACUAAGGUGGUCAAAUUUGGAGGGAUUGUCACCCCAGUUUUUUUCACAGUGGUCGUCAUGUUCAGCUGUGUGGGCAAUACACUGGUCCUGUGGGUCCUGCUCAAAUAUGAAAAUCUGAGAUCCUUGACCAAUGCUUUCCUCCUCAACCUGGCUGUCUCUGACCUGGUCUUCACUGUUGGCCUGCCGUUUUGGGCGUACUACCACUUCAUUGGCCAGUGGACAUUCGGAGAACCUGCCUGCAAAGCCGUUAGCUUCAUAUUCUUUGUGGGCUUUUAUAGCAGCACAAUCUUUUUAAUCACAAUGACGGUGCACCGCUACAUGGCCGUGGUCCGUCCACUGUCAGUCAUCUUGAACAGGAGAAUAUACCACUGCGUGUUGAUUUCUACGGUCGUCUGGAUUUUGAGCUUCUGUGCUGCAACUCCUCAUGCCAUCUUCAAUAAGGUUGUGUCCCACCCUACUGUCAAUGGCAAUAGCUCUAUGAGUGAGUUAUACUGUGAUUAUAACGACAUCAACUGGAAGCUGUUCGGCUUUUACCAGCAAAACAUUUUUUUCCUCGUCGCCUUCAUCACUAUCACUUUCUGCUACAUUCAGAUUCUUGGGCGUCUCCUCAGACCCACAGCCCACACCCGCCGCAAGACUAUCAGGCUCAUAUUCUGCAUAGUGGUGGUUUACUUCCUCGGUUGGGCACCAUACAAUGUGGCCAUCUUCCUGGACUCUUUGAUUUCUUGGAAAGUUGCCCCAUUCAACGAAUGCAACGUCAGCACUGCUGUAGACUAUGUUUAUUUGGCCUCCCGUCUGGUGGCCUUCUCUCACUGCUGCCUCAAUCCGAUCUUUCACGUCUUUAUGGGGAUCAAGUUCAGAAGCCACUUGAAGAAGAUGCUGUGGAACAUCUGUGGGAACACGAAUGAACCUCAGAACCGCCACAGCCACCUCAUUUACUCAAAUGGGGAAGAAAUCUCCAUGUACUAGCUGUAAGAAAGCAUCCAGUUAUCUUCAAAUGACGUCAAAUAAAUCCCAUUUGCAAACAGCAAAACAAUUUCUUGCAAAAAAAAAAAUCAUUGUAUAAACUUAAUUUUAUUAUGCCACACAUUUUCACUCAAUCAAAUAAAGUACAGCAUGUAUGAGCUUCAUAAACAUAACUUCACAUGAAAUGUUAAAAUAGUAUUAUACAGUUCUCAGAAUCACCCUGAAGAUGUCUAGAAUAAAAAAAAAAUAGUGUAUGCAAUUCCACUGUGGGAAUUUGAACUUUUGUUCUCACCAUUCUUGCCAAGACUGCUUUGUUUAAAUCAAAUACGGUACUGCAUAAAAAUCAGACACCACCCUUCUUUUUUCUUUUCUUGAAAUUUCUAGUCAAAACAGCCUUUAAAAAUGAGUUAUUCAUCUUUCAGCAUCAGUAAAAGCAGGAAACUAUUUAACAAAAAAAUACAGAACUACAAAACUAAAUACAGUAUUAUUUUGUCAGUAUUUAGUGUGUCCACUAUUUGCUUAUGUUACAGCUUCCAAUCUUUUCAGGAGACUUGCUUUCAGUUUUCCGAAGAAAUCAGCAGGAAUAUUUUUUCACACCUCCAAUCUUAGAUGCUGGUUGCAUUUUUGAUCUUUGAUCAUUUUUUUGGCUUUUAGUCUUAAGUCUUAAGGACUUCUUGACAGCUACACAUCCUUUCAGACUCAUAGCAUUGAAAUGGACAGACACACUUGUAGAUUUUUUCAGAUCUGAAGCAAGAGUAAAGGUUGAAUUCUCGCUCAAAGAUGACAGUACUGUUUAUCUGAUGGUGACAGUUUUGGUGGUCUACCAGGUCUUGAAUGGUUGUUAGAAGUUCCAUUAUCUCUAUAUCUUUUAUAUUUUUUUGAAAUGAAGAGUGGUCUCUGACAUAUGCUUCUGUAUUACAUACACACACCCAGACUCAACAC